UCUGCACUUCACUGUGUGUGUGGGAAAGUUUUAGUUUAGUGGCUUUGAUUUGCGGGAAAAGAGCACAGAACACCCCUCACCUAAGAAUUGGAUUUAAUAGUAAUCGCUGGAGUUUUUGGAGCCACUAGAAUUUGGCGUAUUAUAAAUAUUACACUGCUUAAUGACUGGGAAAGGAAUCAACACUUUAGUCAAGCAAUCUUGCAGCAGUGAAGAAUUUAACUGAAGUCCAGUGAACACUGUUCAGAUUCCAACAUGAACAGGUCAACCCUUGUAACCAUUACGUUUGCUUUGUUGCUAGUCUGUGCUGAUGGAGCAAAAGAAAAUUCUAAAAAGAACAAAAAGCCAAAACAGACUGUACCUUCUAUAGACUGUGACAUCCGGGCAGGGAAGAUCAGUAUCCCAGAAUUCAUGGCGAGGUGUCCUGCAGGAUGUCAGGAGAUGAAACAGCCUGUGUACGGCACGGAUAUCUAUGCCUCCAUUUCCAGCGUGUGUAACGCUGCUCUUCACAGUGGUGUAAUGACUAAUGCUGGAGGGAAGGUUCUUGUGAAGAAGGUUGCUGGACAGGCCUCCUACAGAGGCAGUUUCUCCAAUGGCAUCCGAUCCAUGUCUCUUCCUAAGUGGCGAGAGUCAUUCAUCGUGUCUGCUGGUAAAGCAAAGAAAGGAGUGACCUACCCAUCAGUCCUUGAAUUUCUACCUUCAAAGCCCACAGUUGUAAGAACAGAACUCAAAAAAUCUGAACAGGAAACUAAAAAUACAAAGCAUUCUGGAACCUCAUCAGACAAAGCAUCGGUUCAAGUAGGACAAAAAGAAGUCAAGGCCCCUCCAGCAACAACUACCCAUCAAACCACAACGACUCCAGAGCCAACGACUACAACUCCUGAACCCACAACCACCACUCCCAAACCAACGACCACCACCACAACCACCAUUCAGCCACCUACCACCACAAUUACCACCACAGUUAAACCCCGUGCAGUCGCACACAAAGUCAGAGAAGCAGGUAGCAAUCACCCACUCUAUGCCUCUCUAAUCGCAGCUGCAAGUUCAAGGCAGGCCCAGAAUGCACAAGGAAAGGGGCCAACACCAGCAUUCAGGGACUCUUCCACCUAUGCAAGUAGAAAUGCACCUCGCACCAAUGCAGGUAUCCGCAGACAGGAGCCAGCCGUGGCUUACAGGAGACAGCCUGGAGCACCUGCAAAUCCAACUUAUAACCGUGUAAAUCACCCCGCUCAAGACAGAACCCAACAAGCUGUGCAAGCCAACCCCACUUUCACUAGAAGGGACUGGCAUCAUAUAUACCAAAGGCCAGAUUGGCAGACAGGACCGAGAAGGCAGACAGAUAUUAGUGCUGUUGUACCAGAUACUGGCUAUACCUGGACUGAAGUAGGAGGAGAUGACACCCCAGCUCCCAGAGCCGGGUCAGAGGUGUUCGAUACAAAGGUAGAGAUUGUCGAUGCCUGGAAACCUGAAGUAGACCCCUUUGACACAGGCGUUGGUGUAAAAGAACAGGAUUCAAUCCCCAAAUUUCCAGAACCCACUUCUCAAGGAGAUCCAAAUUGCAAAGUGGAUAUUGUAUUCCUAAUGGACGGGAGCUGGAGCAUAGGAAAGCGCCGCUUUAAAAUCCAGAAAGAAUUCCUGGCUGAUAUUUCCCAAGCCCUUGAUGUUGGAAUGGCCGGUCCUAUGCUGGGCAUUAUUCAAUUCGGAGAUGAUCCAGUCACAGAAUUCAACCUGAAGAGCUACUCCAGUUCCAGAGAGCUGAAGCCUGUAAUAGAGAAGAUUGUCCAGAAGGGGGGCCUCUCCAAUGUCGGAAAGGCCCUGUCCUACACCAACAAACACUUCUUCAGUGAUGCCAGUGGCAAUCGAGGGGGCCCUCCCAAUGUGGCCGUGGUGCUGGUGGAUGGUUGGCCCACUGACAAAGUGGAGGAGGCCUCGCGUCUGGCUAGGGAAUCAGGAAUCAACAUCUUCUUUGUCACCAUUGAAGGCCCAGAUGAGAAUGAGAAGCAAAAUGUUGUGGAGACAAACUUUGUAGACAAGGCUGUUUGCAGGACGAACGGUUUCUUCUCUCUGAACGUGCCCAGCUGGUUCGCGCUACGCAAGGCGGUUCAGCCCCUGGUGAAGCGGGUUUGUGAUACAGACCGGCUGGUAUGCAGCAAGACCUGCCUCAAUGCAGCUGACAUCGCCUUCAUCAUUGAUGGCUCCAGCAGCGUGGGCACGGGCAACUUCCGUACUGUGCUGCAGUUUGUGGCCAACAUCACCAAGGAGUUUGAAAUCUCCGAUACAGACACGCGUGUGGGUGCCGUGCAGUACACUUAUGAGCAGCGGCUGGAGUUUGCAUUCGGCCAGUACAACAGCAAACCAGAAUUGCUCAAUGCCAUCAAGCGUAUUAACUACUGGAGUGGAGGCACUAGCACAGGGGCAGCAAUCACCUACACCUCUGAGCAGCUCUUCAGCAAAUCCAAGCCCAACAAGCGCAAGAUCAUGAUCGUCAUCACAGACGGGCGUUCCUAUGACGACGUCCGGGCACCAGCAUUGGCCGUUCAUCGCAACGGUGUGAUUGCAUACUCGAUCGGCAUUGCUUGGGCUGCCCAGGAGGAGCUGGAAUACAUUGCUACUGACCCCGAUAAAGAACAUUCCUUCUUCGUGGAUGAGUUUGACAGCCUUUACAAGUUUGUGCCCAAAAUCAUACACAACAUCUGCCAGGAGUUCAAUUCACAGCCACGAAACUGAGCAACCCACAGUUGCUACGGUUACCUUAUUUUGUUUUAUUUUGGUUUCUUUAUCAUGUUACAGGAAACAAGUUCUAAAUAUCAUCUGUUAAAUUGGAGCUUAAAAUAUAAAAUGUACAAAGGGAUUUCUAUUCAGAAGCUGGCUGGCAAUAUGGACUAAGAUUAAUUCAAUUGGAUAACUAGCUGUGAAAUUUAGAGCAAUUUCUAUAGACAGGUGCUUAGAAGUAUACAGCAUUUAAAUCUGAUGUAUUAGAAGUUUACAGUAAUGAAGUUGUUUAUUUUCCAUAAAACACAGACGGCGUGGUUACAGUUCAUUUUGCCACAGCUAUGAUAAAAUAAUGUUUCUUUAUUUUGACAAUUGUAAUCAACAAACCAAUGUGAAUAGAGAGUACUGAGGUAAUGGUUUGAUAUCCAACUUGACUGGGAGCUUCCUCGCCCAAUUAUAACAUUUAAUUUGUUUUUAACCAUGGCAAUUUAAAAAACUACAAAUUCAAUAUAGAAUUCUAAAUGGUUGAACCUAUUGUAUUUGCAAGUGAGAUUAAAAAAAUAAUAAUUCAAGGAUGGAAGUGCACUUUCCCCAAAGGGCAUUAGAUAUACUACAGACCUACUUUUUCUGUACACUAGUAUUUAAGUUAAGAGUAUUGUUAGUAAAGCAUUACCUCAGCUUCCAAAUUUAAAAAGCACUUACUAAUAUAAUUAUUAAUACCAUUUGAAACCCUUGGAUUUAGUUUGUAACAAAGUGACAAGGUUUUAAAGACUUUUGUAAAAUAUCUGAAAGUUAAAUGCUACUAUGUCACCCCAAACAUGUUUAAAAACAGACUUAUUGGAUAUAGAAUAUUAUAUAGGGUGCUGCACCAUACAAACUGAUAUCUACUCCACAAAAGGUCACAGCGGGAAAGUCACUCAUGGACUUUUGAGUGGGGUGAAAAUGAUCUUGGAUAUUACAGUACCCAAUACUAUAACUAGUAUAUAUAUAUAUAUAUAUAUAUAUAUAUAUAUAUAUAUAUAUAUAUAUAUAUAUAAAACAGUUUAUCUUAAUGUUACAUUAUUUGUAUAUGAUACAUAUUAUCUAGGCUUGGAAGGAUUCAAUUUGUAUUGGUAAAUGUCGAUUUCAUUGCACACUUAUAAACCAACAAAAUAAAUGCAGCUUGAGAACUUAUUAGAGUCCCACCUUAAUGUGUAUAAAACGUUUUGCAAUGAAUGCUGCAUGAAGCUCUGCUAAAAAACAGUUCAGGUAUCUUAAAACCCCUAAUACCUUUUCUUACAAAUAAACUAAUGUAUUUUUUAUUCGUAAGAAACGGUAUUAGGGGUUUUAAGAUUCCUGUUAAGGAUUUGAAGAUACAUGCUGUCAUUUCUUAUUUGAUUUUACUGUUUUUUCGGUAUUACCGACCUUUCAUUCCAUGUCAUUUGUUGUGUUUUAAGAUUUGUCUUCGGCAUUUUAAAUGAUAGGCUGUCAUUCUUUUUUUCAAUGGGCAUUUAUUUCUCCAUUAUAGUCAAUGGGCAUUCCUUUCUCCAUUGUGCUUUGAGGCAAUUCCAAUGACAUGAUACACUAUGCAUGUACAGUACAUCAUAAGUAAAGAUUAUACCACUUAUUGAAACACAUUCUCGUACACUAAAAGUCAUACGAUCAUUAAAAUGCUACAUCUUCUACUUGUAGGUCUUUUGGCCAUAUUCAUGGUGUCCUCUUGAAUUGGCCACUUUAUAUGAAGCAGGACAAACCGAAAACUAAAAUAUAAAAGCAGUAAUGACAGAGCACUGACAACCCAAUACAUUAUUUACUUCAGCAUGUUAAGGGUCAAUUAAAUAAUUUAAGAUCUGGUUAGCAUAUAUGUUUUAAUAUAUACUGUAUGAACAUUUUACAUAAAUAGCAGUAUGCAGUUGAAUAUACUGUCAAAGUGCUUCAGUAUUCAGAGUAUGUGUUUCAGUACAUGCAUUUGUCUUCUCAAUCUGCAAUUUGAAUUUCAGUACAUAAAAAAAUUGCUUUUAACAAUAGGGUGUAUGCCUGAGAAAGUGUAUGCAUUCUAGCUACUGUAGUUCAUGAAUUUCAGUGUGUAAUGCACGCCUUUCCCUAUAUAAUGAUCUCAGUCAGUAUAUGUUGUACAUUAUGUAUAUGGCUAUACUGUAUGAUGUACUGUAUGUGAUUAGCAGAACUAAUGAUAAUGAUAAUGAAUGUGUCGGGAGAAAUGCUAUUGCAAAACUCUUUAAAGGUUUGAAAUAUGUGUGUCUUAAUAUACCAUUAGGGUAAAGUUAAGCAAACCGUAUUUUAAGUUACUUUAAAGCAAUCAGUUGAAUCAACUUAAUGGAAAAUGUAACGCUUGAGAAUGUAUCCCUUCUGUCUGCUGACACAAGUGGUACACACAAUACAGUUCUAUGCACUCUAUUUGACUAAACAAUACGUGAUGGUACUGUUAUCAACUACAAAUGUUAGCAGGUCCAAGGGACACAGCUUCUGUUUCAAGUGCCAUCCCCAUUCAUUAAAUGCAGGUACUUUUGCAUCUGUAUAUUCCUGUUUGCUAUGUAAGGCUGUAACCAUUAAUCAUUUUCACUGCAGGCUACCAAAGCAUAUAGACCCCUUUGUAAGGGGGAAGGGGGGCAUGUUUCCUAUGCAUAACCCAGCUUCCUUUUAAGGGCAACGUAAUUUAUGUGUAUAUCAUUUUGCCAAAUAAAUGUCAAUAAUCCUUUCAUUUUUCUACUUGUAUAUUUGUUAAUAUUGGAAAAAAAGCCUCCUAUGUAACAUUUAUGUAUUUUUGUGCUAUUCACGUUCUAAAAGGCUACAAACUUUUGCAAUAAAAUGCCAAAAGGUUAAUAAAAGGGUGGUAUUUUCUUCCAUAUCAUGAACUGUAGGAACCAGACGAGUCAGUAGUCCCUACUGUUAGUUUUCCAGUCAUAAUGACCUUUUAGGUAAUCACCCAUAACCAGGUAAUUAAUGGGCUGUCAUUACAGAGUAAAUAGCCACAUCAUUUUUAUAUUAAUUUAAAACAAAAAAAAUGAUCUCCCGUACUAUUUUAAUUGGAUUUGUAAUCAUUCUGAGACGUUAUUUUGCUCCAUUAUUGAGUUAUUAUCAUUUUUCUCUAUAUGUACAUUCACCUAGUUUGACCUUGCCUAGAAAAAAAACAAAGUGCUGGAACUAACUGCCUUCCUAACUGCAAUCCAUUCAAAUCAUGUGGCAAUGUGAGCUGUAACUCGGUCAGCCUCACCUACACUACUACUGUAUAUACAGGUAGGCAGAAAGGGGAGAUUAGGAAACUUCACUGUAAAUGUUCAAAUCUUACUUUUGCUGGGCACCAUUUUGGGUCAUGCUUUUCUGUAUAUAUUGAUUGAAUUGUGAGUGUGUGAGUAAGCAAACAAUACCUUCCAGACAUGUUGUAAUAAAAGCAGGCUUGUCUGAAAUACAA